AUGAAGGACAUUGGUGGCACUUCAAAGUCUAGUUCCUGCACUCCAGCCUCCUGUGAAAGAGCUACCAAGAAUGAACCAGAAAUGAGUGAGCAGGCAGUGACGUAUGCAGACCUGAAAUUUCAAACUACUUCCAAGCAGAAGAAGAAAAAGACACCUAAGAACACCAGGGACAAAGAUUCUUCUGCUCCAGCUCCUGCAUGGGGGGUCAUAGCAGGGAUUUUGGGGAUCUUCUGCUUGGCUUUGCUGAUAGCAGUGGGUGUCUUGGCUGUCAAUGUUUUUCAGAUCUCUCAAAUACCAUGUAAACAGCAGGAAAACCUGAACCAGUUUCAGAAAAUCAUCCCAGGUAAGAAUGGAAACCUGCCAAAGGUUUUGAACAGGAAAGAUUGCCUUCAAAAGGGAUGGAAGUCUCUUUGCCCAGAACAUUGGUUUCAACAUGGAAAGAAAUGCUACCUCUUUUCUACUGAAUAUAAAUCUUGGCUGGAGAGUCGAGAGGCCUGCUCUUCUCAUGGCUCCAGACUCCUUCAGAUAGAAAGCAAACAAGAACUGGAUUUCAUAAAUUCUCUGGCAACUUCUCACUGGAUAGGAUUAUUACGUGACAAGACUGACAGACUCUGGAUGUGGGGGAAUGGCACAGCUUUCUCCACUGACCAGUUUGCGGUAAAGAAAGGAUAUGUUGAUGGUGACUGCGCAGUUGUCAGAGGCAGAGAAUUCUUCUCUGAUGACUGCAAAGAUACAAAGCGCUACAUUUGUCAGCUGCCAGUUCUUGUGCCAGAGUCUAAUGUAUCCAGACAAGAUAGAUCAUGGAAAUCAUAA